ACCGAGGCGUCUUUAUUAAAUCCGCUGCUGCCUCUUCUCUUCCCCCAAACCAGAAAACCUAGUCGAUCCUCUCCUCUCGUCUUCCCGAUCCGAUUGUUCCGACGAUGGCCGAUGAUGAAUCCGUCCCUGAAAUCGCUCAAACUGAGCCAUAUGAUCAGGCACCGGUGAACAAUGAUGGUCUGAGAUAUCUGGAGUUCUUUCAUGUGGCGGCAAUCCAGGCGGUGCUCUUCAUCGCGAGGGUCUAUGCUUUCGCCAAAGAGAGCUCGGGGCCUCUAAAGCCUGGUGUGCAGACUGUCGAGAGCACAGUGAAAGCGGUUGUUGGACCUGUUUACGACAAGUUUCAUGACGUCCCUUUCGAUCUCCUCAAGUUCGUUGAUCAAAAGGUUGGAGAAUCGGUUGAAAAGUUGGACCACCGCAUUCCCCCUUCGUUCAAGGAGGCUUCAGCAGUGGCCCGGUCGGCCGCUGGCGAGGUCCAGCGCACCGGCCUAGUAAAUUCUGCGACAGGUCUCGCUCGCUCCGUGUACACCAAGUACGAGCCGGCUGCGGAGCAGAUCGCAGUCUCACUCUGGCGGUUGCUGAACCGCCUGCCCCUUGUCUCGCAGGCGGCCCACGCCGUCCUCCCCGCCGCUGCCCAACUCACCGAGAAGUACAACCAAGGCGUCUCUUACUCCUCCGAGAAGGGUUACGCCUUCUCCGCCUAUCUCCCCCUCGUUCCAACGGAGCGUAUCAUCCGCGUCUUCUCUGGUGAUGCCGUUGCACAGUGACAUCAUCACGGUUGAACUGCCCGUCACCGCCUCCUUUCCAUGAAAAAAAAAAAGCUUGUUUCUCUGUCUUUUUCCUGGUCUUGUUUUUAAAUUUGGGUUUCGUUACGUUGUCUCUGAUGGUGUCCUUGUAAACUCUAUGUCUAACUAUGGCUUUAACUGGGGUAAAUAACUAUGAAUGGCAUAUCUUCUCCGUA